UAGAUUAUCUCAGUAAAAAGAAUACUUAAAAUCACACAUUUGUCUUUUGAAUCCCGUUUGCUCGCUUUUAAAUAACUUAUUUUACACAUGUUUUGGGGUUUUUCCUGUUGUGUUCGCUCCGAACCCGCUAAGUUGUUUGCUAACUGUGCUAAGUAGCCUAGUCUUGCUGAAAACAUCCAGCCUUUCAUAAUAUUUAAUUUGUACUUGUCCAUAUUUGCAGUUUGUAUAAUGUGUUCGCUACUUUCAGCCUGAAUAAUGACAAUAAUGUGUCAGCAUCUCGUAAAUGUAACUUUUAUAUGAACAUAAGGAAAAUGAAGGUAGUAACGUGUGAGAUAGCAUGGCACAACAAGGAGCCGGUUUACAGCCUGGACUUUCAGCACAGCUCUGACGGACGCUUUCAUCGCCUCGCCACAGCUGGAGUGGACACCACAGUCAGGCUGUGGCAGGUGGACACCGGUGCAGAUGGAAAAGCAGCAGUAGAUUUUCUGUCUAACCUGGCCAGACACACCAAGGCUGUCAACGUGGUCCGCUUUAGCCCCAGUGGAGAGCUGCUUGCUUCAGGAGGAGAUGAUGCAGCAAUUUUCUUAUGGAAACUCAAUGAAUCUAAAGAGCCUGAGCAAGCUCCAGUCUUCCAAGAGGAGGAAGAUGCCCAGCUCAAUAAAGAGAGUUGGUCUGUGGUCAAAACACUGAGAGGACACAUAGAGGACGUGUAUGACAUCUGCUGGACAAGAGAUGGCAACUUCAUGGUUUCUGGUUCUGUUGACAACACUGCCAUCAUGUGGGACGUUAACAAAGGACAGAAGUUGUGCAUCUUUAACGACCAUAAGAGCUACGUUCAGGGGGUCACCUGGGAUCCUUUGGGUCAAUAUGUGGCCACUCUCAGUUGUGACCGAGCGAUGCGCGUGUACAGCACUCACACGAAGAAGAAGGCCUUCUGCGUCAGUAAAAUGAGCCCCAGUUCACCUGCAGAAGGAGAGUCCAAGCAGUACAGGAUGUUCCACGAUGACAGCAUGAGGUCGUUCUUCCGUCGUCUCUCGUUUACACCCGACGGGUCGUUCCUGCUUGCCCCAGCUGGAUGCGUGGAGGUGGGAGAAAACAUCAUAAACACCACUUACAUCUUUUCCAGGAAAAGUCUUAAGAGACCUAUCGCUCACCUGCCGUGUCCGUCUAAAGCCACGUUGGCUGUGCGCUGCUGCCCGCUCUACUUUGAACUCAGAACUAAAAGGGGAGACGACGGUUCGACCCAGGCUCUUCCCAACUUGUUCCAGCUGCCGUACCGUAUGGUGUUUGCCGUGGCCUCGGAGGACUCCAUAUUUCUGUAUGACACACAGCAGAGCCUUCCGUUUGGGCUGGUGUCCAACAUCCACUACCACACACUCAGCGACCUGACAUGGUCUCGGGAUGGUUCCUUCCUGGCCGUCUCCUCCACAGACGGUUACUGCUCCUUCCUGUCCUUCUCUCCAGGGGAGUUGGGCACUCCACUGAAGGAGCCCCCCACCUUGGAGGUCUUUGUCCCAAGCAGUGGUUCUGAAAAGAAAGGAAAGAAGGCAUCAGGGGCUAAAAACUCCUCUCCUGUGUCCCAGACACUGAGCUCGACCCCAAAUCCCACAUGUCAAACCAGCUGUGGCAAGGACACCCCCUGCCACACCCCACCAGACGAAAAGAAGAGCACACCUAAAAUCAAACCCAAACCCCAGCCCCGUCGGAUCACCCUCAACACCCUGGAGGGUUGGGGGAAACCCAGUUCUCCUAAAACUCCCUCCUCGACUCAAACCCGAGACUCCGGUAGCGCACCCUCGACUCCCCCACCUCGCUCGGUUCCGCUCACCCCCACCAACUCCUCCUCAAAGCAGCCUCGUGUUGUUCCCCUCACUCCGUCCACACCAAAUGUUAAUACUGCUGGGUCCACCACCCCCAAGGCUGCAACCACCCCAAAAGGACCCACCUCAAGAAGAGUGUCUCUGACUCGUGUUGGACCCCAACCUUCAGCUGUUUGUUCACUUUUCAACGGUCCUUCCUCCACAGAGAAGGCCAAACAUGAGCGUCCCUCUCCUCCCACCGAUCCGGUGUGCCAGCCUCCAGAAUCUAAACGACCCAAGACCAGCUCCAACCCACCGAAGACCGGUGUCAAUAAGGAUUAGUGUCUCCAGGCAGGCGAUGGAGAAACCACCAAAGCUCCACGUGGCUGCAGCACAAGAUUAUAGAAUAUUGUUGUAUCUUACAGUAAACUGGUAAUGAGAUUACUAUUUUAUUUGAAUUUGCAACUUGUUUAAGCCCCGUUUUAUAACUGAAUAAGUUUGGAUAUAACUGGGCUGCAGGCCUGAAUACAAAAAAAAAAAGUUUGUCAUUUCUGUGAGUUUUGAGUAAAUCUUUAAUCAGCUUUGUAAAUCCCACAAACAAAAACAACUUGAUGCAAUUACUUAUUUGUCUUGCAUAAAGAAUCAUUUUUAAAUAUUAAAACAUUUGAAUCCAUAAAUGGUAAA